GUCUGUUGUCAUUAAUUUAGUUGACAGGUUAACAACAACUAAUGGUUGCUAUAUCAAAUUAUAUAAAUAUAUAUAUAGCAACAUGUAGAUCUUAGCAGAUCUAUUUAAAUGAUCGACAGAUAUUUCAUAAAACAAAAUACUCACUUUAAUUAUCAAUGGGUUUAAAAAGAAAAGAUUUUGAGAAAGCUGCUUCAUUUCUCAACGAGUUUCUAUUAAAACUUAGCGAAGAUGUGGAAUGUGCCGAGUUACGAGACUCUCUUACGCUGGCACUGUUACAUAUGCAGAAAUACUACCGCAUCUUACAGUGUCGUAGCCAAGAAAAAAAUGCAUACCAAGCAAAUAUGCUGCCUCUGUCUGCAAGAAGUCUCAGUCCGAUGACACCGUUUAUUGAUGCCCCAGAUAAGUUUUUAUGGAAAUGGACAAACCUGGAAAGUACAAAACUCCGAAACUCUAUGUCGUAUAUACUACCAAAUAUUAUUCAAGCUACAAAAGAAGGAGACAUUGAGAAAAUUCUAGAAAUAGUUAUGCAAGGCCCAACUUUAGUGAAUGAAACUGACUGUUUGGGCAGGACUCCAUUGAUGUAUGCUAUUCAUUAUAAUCAGCUGGAAGCUUUGAAAUGCCUUCUAGAUAAAAAUGCUGAUGUCAAUAUAUCAGCUCAUGAUGGUUCAACUGCUGUCCACAAAGCCUGUUAUGACAGCAACUGCAAAGCUUUAGAAUUCAUAAUGAACCGCAGGGGUGACAUACACUGUCAAGAUACGCAGCUGCGAUCUCCGAUCCACUGGGCUGUUGCAACACCAUCGACUGAUUGUCUGAAGCUUCUUCUGCCCCAUGACGUUAAUGUAUCAUCUCGAGACAAAGAUGGACUGUCACCCAGCAUGUGGGCCUGUCGACUUGACCACAUUGACCACUUUGAACUGUUAUGUAAAGCCAACCAAUGGCAGAAUGAUGAAGAAGUUGAAACCGAUGACAGUGGACGUACAUGGCUUCACUGGGCAGUCCGCAGAACAGAACCCCUUGAAUGUUUGCAGACCUUACUCACCAAGGACUCUGCUGCAUUGAGAGACAAAGAGGGAAAAACUGUUAUUUUAGUUGCAGCUGAACUGGGUUCUUACCCAGCAUGCAAGUUGAUUGUUGAGUUAGCAGGUCAGAGUGUUGUCCAUGACCAAGAUAACUGCAAAAGGACAGCAUUGCAUUUGGCCACCCUCGGUGGACAUGGCAAUGUCUUGAAUUUUCUCUUAGAAAAUGGAGCCAACAUUGAAGUUCGUGACCAGUUCCAGGCAACUGCAUGGGAUUACGCCAGUAACAAACAGCUGCACUAUUGUCAGUUGAUCAUUAAGUCUCACAUGCAUCAGUCACUCCAGGUCGGACUCAGGGCAUCCAACAGUAACAACUCGUGGCAGAAGAAUCCAGGCAACCGCCUCAAUGACCAGUUAUUGACCAUCAACGAACAGAUGCAUUGUAACACCAAUAAUAACAGCAACGUCAAUACCAUCACCACCACUGCCAUUACUGCUACCACAACUUCCCCCAUUGCAACCAUAACUGCAGCUUCUAUUGCUACUACUACUACUACCACUACCACCACCACCAACACCAAUGUCGGCAAUGUUAUUAAAACUAAUCACCAAAAUAUGAUGAGACAUGACUCUAGAAGAAGCACUGAGUGCAGUAGUGAUGAGGGGGACAUCAACAACAACAACAACAACAACCAACAUGUUUUUGUCAACAACAACAACAAUAACUACAGCAAUACGAUCAGAAGAGGCUUAAGAAACAGAAGUGCCUCCUUUCAACACAGAGGAGAAAGCAACGUACCAUCAAAGCUUGAAAAUGAAAGAUCUUUGCAGUCUGUGAUCUGUCCACCAAAGAAACCAAGAAACCAACACUUUUCAACAGCUGGCAACAUUCAACAGUUCAAUCCAAAUGGUCCCAUCUCACCUCCUUUGACCAACACUGGUAGUGCUUCAGAUGAGGUUGUCAGAGAUGCAGAAACAGCAAGAAGAUUAGCAAUGUAUCAUAAAGAUGAAACUAUAGAAAAUCAACAAUCACUUGAAAAUAAAGAACAACAACCAAACACACCAGAUUCCCAAGUCUUGUCAAACACUAAUGAAGAACAGGGAUCUGUAACUGAAGAAUCAGAUUUAGCCAGGAAUGAAGAUGUCAGCUCUGAUUUGAUGCCAACCCAGUGGCAAUCGGAAACCUUAAAGACAACCGUGUCCCAGCCUUGCCCUCCACCUGGCUCUCCUACAAAGCAGAGAUACAUAUCAGCCUCACUGCAUGGCCAAGCAAGGAAUACACUCUGGGCUAACAAAGAUAAUAUGGUGAAAAAUUAUAAUUUGACAAAUGAAGCCCUCAAUUAUCCAAGUACAGUUCAACCUCCAAUUUUAGAUUCACAGAAAUCUCCCCAGAAUUCAGUAUUGCAUUCAAGAUCUCUGUUCCAUAGAAAUCAGCAACCACCAUCAGCAGCAGCACCACCACCACCACUACCACCACCACAAAUGGCAAUUCCAUUCAACAGUGUCGCUGCUUCCUUUCCAACACCUCUAAGAAAUCUGAAUAAAGAAUCUUCAUUUAACAAUCAUUCCAAUAAAAUUAGAAGUGAUGAGUUAGCUGAUGAUAGCUCAUUGGGGCAAUUGGUUCCUAGUGCUAAAAUGGCACCAGUUAAUGUACUGCACCAAAAGCCACCAUUGAGGUCUGCUCUUGUAGCCAGAAACAGUAUUCCUCAGGCUGGAAUGAACUCAGAAAAUAAUUCCAACAACAACAACAUCAACAAACCUUGGUCACCUAAGCAUCCACCUCAAAGAAGUAUAACGGCUUUAAACAACUCCAGGAAAACGAUGGAUCCCAAAGGAUCACAGAAUAUCCAUGGGGCUUCAAUAUCGUCCCUUUCAAAAGACUUCCUACAGUUGAAUAGGUCAAAUUCUUCAAAUCUGACACAGAAUACAGGAAACACAGACGGCUGCAGCCUGCCGAGUGCUCUUCUUCUCCCUUUGGCUAAUGCUCCACCUCGAUCACAAAGUCAAACACUACCAAAAAAGCAGUUGAGGCGGAAACAAGAACUACAGAAAGAUGGUCAGCCCCAGGGCAGCUUAUCAGAGGCAAAACUUUAUCUCUCUGCAGAUUCAUUAAUCGCCAGAGGCCAAAGGGUGAUGGAGCCAUUGUCGCGACCGAAAUCACCUGGUUUGGGUCCAACUGCUACUUCUGGCCAGCUCGGGGGUUCGCCAUUAUUAGUAAACAGUCAGUCACAUCCAAGACCUGACCAUUCUGAGAACUACAAUCCACAGCAGGCAGUUGUGAACAGUGAUGCAUAUUCACGGUUUGGUCCCACUUCUCAAAGAGGAGAAAGGAUACUUCAAUCAGCAGACAAUAAAUUUCCGGACACGAAGUUUGUCAGAGAGAAGCAUCUCCAGAAACUCCCAGCUCCUUCUGUCCCUACAACUGGGAAAAGAGUUGCUCCAGCUGGCAGUAAACACGGGAUAAAUUUCUCAAACUCAUUAGUGUCAACAUCUGCGCAACCAGCACAGAGUGGUAUGGACGAGGGGAGCACAGCGAAGCCAUCACUAAACCAGCCCCAAGAAAAAAAGGUGAAAUGGUUGUCUUCGUGUCCAAACAGUUGUGCUCCAGCUAAGAAACAACAAAAGCUUGCAUCACCACUCGCUUUCAACCAUGGAGAGCCUGAAAUCAUAGAAAGCAAGCCCCCACUUUCACAACCUCGAAGAACAUUUCGAAAAUAGCAAGGGAAAUUGUCCAGACGAAGAGUAUGCAGGCAGGAAUGAAGUAAAAAUUAUUGCAUACAUCUUUAUUUUAUGUCUAUAGUUCUGAGAUGAAUCGUUACGAAUACAAUUAAGAUGGAUUGACUCCUUUCCAGAGUGUAUAUUUAAAAUAUUUACAUUUAAUAUAUAAUAUUAAUAAUAUUGAUAUUCAUUCAUGAGCCAUCAAGCAGGCAAGAAUCAUUAACGUGCCAGGCAAAAUGCUUCGUGGCGUUUCAUCUGACUUCAAGUCCUGAGUUCAAAUGCUGCCGGGGUUGACUUUGCCUUUCAUCCUUUUGUGGUUGAUAAAAUAAGUACCAGUUAUGCACUGGUGUCAAUGUAAUUGACUUACUCCUUUCCUGCAAAAUUGCUGGCCUUAUGGCAAAAUUUGAAAUGAAUAUUUACAUUUAUAUUGAUAUUUAUAUCAAUAUUAAAAUUUAAUAUAAAAAUAUUUGCCGUUACUCUGCACUUUUGAUCACUUUAAUCCCUAAUUGUCAUUAGAUGUGUUAUUCCGGGAUGUCUACACCAAGUCCAGUUCUGGAUAGAAGUCAUCCAGGAAUAAGAACACCUAUGGUUGACUGCAGUGUGAUGUAAACAUUGCAAGCAAUUAAGCACAGUGAUAAUUUUAUAAGUUAAAACAUAUACAUAUACAUACACUCUUUUACUUGUUUCAGUCAUUUGACUGCGGCCAUGCUGCAGCACCACCUUUAGUCGAGCAAAUCGACCCCAGGACUUAUUCUUUAUAAGCCUAGUACUUAUUCUAUCGGUCUUUUGCUGAACCGCUAAGUUACGGGGACGUAAACACACCAGCAUUGGUUGUCAAGCGAUGGUGGGGGAACAAACACAGAUACACCAACACAUGCAUAUAUACAUAUAUAUAUAUAUACACACACACAUACAUUUAACUAAUUAUAAACUGUUCAAUUAUGCACAAACAUCUAAGUUAAACUGUAUAUAUUGUCUUUAAGAUAUAUUAAGUGUACAUACUAAAUAUACACAUGAUAAACAUAUACAUAAGUACUCAUGCAUAGCUAAAAUGACAUGCACAGAAAUACAGACGCUGUACAACUAAACAUGCUGUCUACAGCUGUCCAACAAACUUAUUAUACAUGUAUAUAUAUAUAUGUGUGUGUAUAUAUAUAUAUAUAUAUAUAUUUGUUGUUUUUUAAAAAUAUGGUUCACAUAUGGUAGAAUCUGAAAUUUUGAUUAGAAUUCAGCUGAAGCUCACUAUUUCAUGAGUGUUAGUGCCACAAAUUUGUUACCAAAAUCUGAUAAUAAAAACAGAAAGGUAAUUCAGAUUUUUUUCCCAGGUGUUAUUUAAUAAAACUGCACUCCACAACCA